AUGACAGAGUAUAAAAAGCUGUGCGCUCUGGUGGCUCAGCUUCGGGAGGACGUCACGUUACUGACCUGUAACUUUGCGGGUGGUGAUGAACGGGACAUCGAUGCGUUGCAUUCCCUGUCAAUGUCAAUUCAAACUCUAGUUGCGAACGCUCAGCCUCGUAUGCUUAAAAUACUUUGCAAGGCCAUUGAGACGGACCCUAAUCGCCAAAUAUACAAUGAGGCGAUGUGCACGGCGAUAAAGCAGCUCUUUGAGGACUUUUGCGAGGUGGUUGGUUGCCUUUUCGAAGGACCGAUGAAGGAGAUGCUUCUGUCGGAGAAUAAACUAGACUUUGAGGAGUGCCCUUCCAUAUCAUGGGUGGAAAAUGUGUAUAGCCAUCAUUUGCUGCGCCGUGCACAAACAGAGUCCUGGCAAAAACGUUUUGUGACGAAUAUUGCGGAUCUGGUUUUGUGUGAAUCGGAAACGCGUGCUGUGUAUGGUGCGGAGCAGAAGCAGGCACGUGAAACACUUCUGCAAGCCAAAAGAAUAGAUAAGGCGAGUGUUCAGCAGAUUUUGAAAGAUAAAGAGGCAGCGAAAUGGGAGGCAGAGGUGCGGCGUCGCAACGAUGAACAUAAGAGGUUAAUGGAAGCCUCUAAAUUUUGUGGGGCUGAAGGCAUUGAGGCGAUGCUGCUGCGUAUUCCAGAGCCGUUUCGAAAAGUUCUGGCAAGAAACAUGCUUCAGCUUGCACAGGCUCUCCGCACAACACCAGAGGACCCUAACAUUCGAAGAAUUCGGUGUAACAAUAUGAGGGUAAUGAUGGAGUACAGUCAUGCUGCUUUCUGUAGUGGGUGCCAAACAUGUCAGAAAUUCGUUGCUUCGGCUGAGGUUUUGUGGUAUGUGAUGGGUUAUCAAGUGGACUACUCGACUGCGCCCACUUCUUCGCUUUGCGCCAUAAUUAACAGCAACUCGCCGAUUCUGUUGCCCUGUGGCUCCUACGCGUCCGAACAUGCCAUCGCAGCGAUUGGAUUUGAAGAUUAUUCUGAGCGCUUUUUCACUCUUUGUGAGCCCGACCCCAUGCAGCAGUCGAGUGAGUGGAUGGCUUGGUAUGCCACGCUGGAGGCGGUGUUGGGGCGUCUUGAAGUUUUUCUGGUGUAA